AUGAAAAUUACCGCAAUCCUCUCUGCCCUCACUGCGGCUACCUUGGUCUCCGCCGGCAAGUUCCACUUAUCCACUACUGGCCAAGGUCAAUCCGACACCCUCCCAAACGCCUACAUCAUCGAGUACCACGACAACGUUUCCCGGUCCAACGCCCACGCCAACCUCAAGAAACAUGCCAUCGACUACAAGGUCCGCAGCGAGUACGGCAUCUUCAACGGUGCCGCCAUCUCUGUCAAAUCCAAUCACGGCGGCGCCGCCCUUGCUGCCGUACCCGGCGUCAAGAAUGUCUGGCCUAUUCACCUCUACUCUCACCCUGACGUCAAGCCUGCCAAGCAUAAUGGUACCUCGACUGAGUCAAUGAAUGUCCAUCAUAUGACUGGUGUUGACGCUGUCCACAAGAAGCUCAAGUUGACCGGCAAAGGCGUCAAGGUCGGAAUUAUUGACACCGGUAUCGACUACAAGCAUCCUGCCUUUGCUACUCCCGGUGCUACUGAAGGAUGUUUUGCUCGCUAUGGCAAGAACUGUCGUGUCAAGUAUGGCUGGGACUUUGUUGGUGAUGCCUACACGUCUCUCAACACCCCUGUUCCAGAUGCCGACCCUAUGGACUGCAAUGGACAUGGUACCCAUGUUGCUGGUAUUGUUGGUGGAAAUGAGAUGAACAUCAAGACGAGUCCCAAGCCUAUUAUUCCUUGGAUUGGUGUUGCCCCUGAGGUGACCUUUGGUGCCUAUCGUAUCUUUGGAUGUGAGGGCAGGACUGGUACUGACAUCAUCCUCGCUGCUAUGGAGAUGGCCUUCAAUGACGGCAUGGAUAUAAUCAAUAUGUCGCUGUAUGGUGGGCCAGCCUUCAAAAACAACCCCAUGGCCAUCCUAGGCGUGAAACUGAUCGCCCACGGUAUGAACAUUGCCGGCUGCGCUGGUAACGACGGUGCCCAAGGAGUCUCUAUGGUCGCCGAUACCGCCCUGGGUGAUUCUGCUACCUCAGUCGCUUCCUUCGACAACGCCUACGGCUCCCACUUCACCGUCUCAUAUGCCGGCGGCAAAUACCCCUACAACCCCUCCGUGGCCUGGGGCAACUCCAGAAUCAUCGAUCUACCUGCCACGGCCGUGAUAUUCCCUCUCUUCGACAAGGCCGGUGUCCUCCAGGAUGGAUGUGAUGUAGCUGCCUACACAGGUUUUGAUGUCAAGGGCAAGGUUGUCCUACUCUUUGGUGACUUGACUCGUUGCGGUUCAAUCGGUCGUGGUGACAUUGCCAAGGGCCUCGGUGUCGCCGGUGUCCUCGCCGUCAGCACUCCCUUUGGCAUGACCCUCCUUUCUGGUGUUGCCGAUCUGCCUAUGGCGUCACUCGAGGCCCGCGGUGGUGAAGCCAUCAUUGCUGCCUAUAAGAAGAACCCCAAGAAUGUUCUCAACUGGUCCAAAACCGUUUCCACGGUCAUGGUCGAGGGUGGUGGUGCUCCCGCUGACAUGUCUUCCUACGGUAUCGAUGGCGACCUCCGCUCCAAACCCGAUAUUGGAGGGCCCGGCGGGAACAUCUACUCUGCCUACCCUCGCGCCAAGGGUUCGUAUGCGCUGUUGUCCGGUACCUCAAUGGCUACUCCUUACUAUGCGGGUGCCCAGGCCUUGUACUACCAGCUGACAAAGUCUAAGCCCUCGGGUCUCGACGUCCGCCGCGUCUUCAAAAACACAGCCACGAUCUCCAAGAACUGGGGUUCCAAAACCUAUGCCUCUGCAGCCAAGCAAGGGGCUGGUCUGAUCAACGUCUGGAACGCCCUGACCACCUCUGCCCAUGUUUCUCCUGACCAUAUCGACCUGUUGGACUCUGCCAACCUCCGCAAGACCCAGCAGAUCACCAUCAAGAACGUUGGCAAGAAGACUGAGUCCUAUGCCUUGUCCCACACGCCUGCUGACGCACUGAACUCGUACACCAAGGGCAAUGUCUUCCCUCAUGCUCGACCCGCCAUUGAGGCUGAUUAUGCCUCGGUCUCGUUCUCGGCCAACAAGGUCAAGAUCCCUGCUGGCAAGUCUGUCAAGGUCACUGUCACCUUCACGGAACCCAAGAAUGGUAACGCUGCUCAAUUCCCCCUCUACUCGGGAUAUGUCGUCGCCACCCCUGCCACCGAGGGCUCUCCCUCUGUCCAUGUCCCCUACAUCGGUCUCAAGGGUGAUGUCCGCAAGAUGCCCAUCAUGGACACAGAUCUCGGAUUCCCAUCCUUAGCUGUCACCCAAGCCAAUGGUACCGUGAUCGAGGUCCCCACACCCAACUUUGUCUUCAACUUCAAAACCGCCGCACCCACCAUCAUUGUUCGCUAUGGUUCCCACAGCCCCGACGGCUCCAUUCGAGUCUUUGACGCCAAGACUAAAAAGUUCCUCGGAUAUGUCUUCACCGCUUGGUGGGGUGCCGCUUUUGGCCCCACAGGUCGUAACGCCGACCUGGACGCGAAUGGCAAGCAUGAUGCUCGACAGUACGAUUGGCGUGGAGAGGUCUGGGGGACUGUUAAUGCGACUGCUCCUGUCCAGUUGGGUCCUGGCAGUUAUAAACUCGUGGUUGCGAACCAGAAGAAACUGACCAAGGGCGCUUACCCUGCCGAUUAUGAGGUCUUUGACCUUGGUACUUUUGAAGUCUCUCAUUAG